CUAACAAAUCCCCAAUAUAUAAAGUUAAAGUCUCACUAGGGUUUUAUUUUCUUCCAUUGAAGUACAGCACCGGAGGAGGAGCUCGCCGCAGCAACAACAACAACAUCAGACAUGGUGCUAAAGACAGAACUUUGCCGUUUCAGCGGUGCCAAGAUAUAUCCUGGGAGGGGCAUCAGAUUUAUUCGAUCAGAUUCUCAGGUGUUCCUAUUUGUCAACUCAAAGUGCAAACAUUACUUCCACAACCGCCUGAAACCUUCCAAGCUUACAUGGACUGCCAUGUACAGGAAGCAGCACAAGAAGGAUAUUGCACAAGAAGCUGUUAAGAAGAGGAGACGUACCACAAAGAAACCAUACUCUAGGUCCAUUGUGGGUGCAACCUUGGAGGUAAUCCAGAAGAAGAGAGCUGAAAGGCCAGAAGUUCGAGAUGCUGCCAGGGAGGCUGCUCUUCGUGAAAUCAAAGAAAGAAUCAAGAAAACAAAGGACGAAAAGAAGGCCAAGAAGGCAGAGGUGGUGGCUAAGUCACAGAAAGCCGGUAAGGGUAAUGUGUCGAAGGGAGGAUCAAAAGGCCCUAAGCUCGGCGGCGGUGGUGGAAAACGUUAAGCUAUUGUUUAUGUUGUUCGCUAGGUAGCGCCUAGAGUGAUUUUGCAUCUUGAUUGAGUGUAGCUAUGUUCUGAUCCACCAGCGUUUAGCGCGCACUCUGAAACAAUAUAUUUCUGAAUUUUUGCCUUGUUUUCAAAUAUCCAGAUUGCUUUACUUUCAUUAUGUUAUGAUAAUUACAAUCUUGUUCCUUUAUGAGAAAUGCAUCUUCCUUGCAUUA